AGCUCAGAUGUGUUCGGCAGAAAUGUGCCCAAACAGGCCAUCAAGUGUCACAUCAUUAACAUUAAGCCCCGCAGCGAAGAGGCCGACAAACAGAUCCGCAAUAUUAUCUAUAAGCAAGUGUUGGAUAACAAGUGCCGCUAUUUUUGGGAAAAUUACCCGCAAACGCCUAUGAAAGUGAGCAUUGAUAUACCGAUGGACAACACAUACGUCUCUCUAUUAGCAUAUUUAGAGAGUGAGGGACUUCUGGCCACCGAUCGGAACGAAGAGAGCGAAGCUUUGGACGAGUACCUCAACAUUGAGGGCAUUAUUGAGCGGACGUAUGGCUUAUAUCCGAAAGUGUUUGACGCGAACCGCUUUUACGAAGUGGUGAUUGCCUUCUCGUUGACCACGAAAUACGCCUUUUUUAACAUUCCUGAAGUUCAACGACCUCAGGACAGGGAUCGGGUCAUUAACGACGAGCACAAGAACUUCCUCUCCGGACUGGAUGUGAUGCACAAUAAUAUCAAUACAUUCGCACCACUCAAUAGUCCUGCCGAGGGCACUCCAUGUGUGGCCUGUAGUGCCGAAGAUAAGUCCUGGUAUCGGGCGCUCAUCAUCUGUGUUAAGCACACCGAACGUAAAGCUCACGUGAUUUACGUGGACUACGGCAACACGGAAUGGAUCAAUUUCAAA